UAAGCAUUAAGUACAUUUUUUUAUUUACGGAGUAUCUAGAUACAAUAUAAAUUUAAAAUUUUACGGAGUAUGGCAAAAGCAGGCACAUAUCAAUAUAUUUAUAGCUUAGAUAAUCUAAAUUUUUUUUAGCUUCUAAUAUGCAAUUUUGUAUAUAGCAAUUUUUUUUUAUAUUUUUUUAUAAAUUAAAUUACGGAGUACUAUUUAUAUUAUUCUCUUAGUUUCAUUUCAACUCUCUUUUGAUUCUCUCCUCAUUUGAUCCCUCCUCUAGCAUGGCUCUCACCCUCUCAAAAUCUCCUCAUUUUUUCUUGAUUUUAUCUCUUAUCUUAAUAAUCUUCAUACAAUUUGUAAACUCCUUAAACAAUAACAACAACAAUGAGAUGAAAUUACCUCCUAAAUUAGAAUUAAAAUCUCUAUGUAAAACAACACCUUACCCAAAUGAUUGCUUAAACACCCUAAAACUAACCAUUUCCUUAAACCUCCCAUUAACCCUCCUAAACAUCCUCUUACAAUCACUUCAAAAUGCACUAAGUGAAGCUACUAAACUCUCCUCACUUUUUGAUGCAACAACUAACUACAAUCUCAUUGAAAAACAAAGAGGAUCACUCCUAGAUUGUAAGGAACUUCACCAUAUAUCACUUCUUUCAUUACAAAAAUCGGUGUCUAAGGUAAAAACAUCUAACCUAACCGAUGCUAGGGUUUUCCUUAGUGCUGCACUCUCUAACAAGGAAACUUGCCUAGAAGGCCUUAACUCGGCUUCCGGCCCUUGGAAGCCACUUCUAGUGAGCUUCAUUGCUAACACUUACAACCAUGUUAGCAACUCAUUGUCCAUGCUCAAAGAUGACCCUAAUCAACCAUUGUCACCCUUGUCGUGGUCACCUAAUGACUACGACGAGGGUGACAAUGGUGGUGACGAUGAUGGUGGUGGUGUAGGAUAUGAUGAUGAUGAUGAUGAUCUAAGUGAGACUAUUAUUGUUGCAGCUGAUGGAAGUGGGAAUUUUACAAGUGUACAAGAAGGGGUUGAUUUUGCACCAAAUAAUAGUGAGUUUAGGACUUUUAUAUAUGUAAGAAAAGGGGUUUAUGAAGAGAAUGUGGAGAUUCCAAGUUAUAAACCUAAUAUUGUUUUGCUUGGUGAUGGAAGUGAUGUUACUAUUAUUACUGGUAAUAGAAGUGUUGCUGAUGGUUGGACUACUUUCAGAUCAGCAACUGUUGCGGUUUCUGGAGAAGGAUUCUUAGCACGAGACAUAACCUUUGCGAACACAGCAGGCCCCGAAAAGGCCCAAGCAGCCGCCCUUAGAAUAAACGCAGACUUAACAGCAGUCUACAGAUGCAACAUCUUAGGAUACCAGGACACACUCUACGUCCACUCAUUCAGACAAUUCUACCGCGAGUGUAACAUAUAUGGUACAAUUGACUACAUAUUUGGCAAUGCUGCGGUAGUCCUCCAAGGAUGUACCAUAGUGUCACGUAUGCCACUCCCUGGCCAGUACACGGUCAUCACAGCUCAGUCACGAGUCAUGCCUAACGAAAACACAGGCAUCGUGCUCCAAAACUGCACGGUGCUAGCCACCGAGGAGCUAAAUGGUAACAAGAGUCGCGUUCAGAGUUACCUAGGGAGGCCAUGGAGGCCAUACGCUAGGACGGUGUACAUCGAAUCGUACAUUGAUGAGUUUAUUGAUCCAAAGGGGUGGAUAAAAUGGUCAUCAAAUGAUGUUGAUGAGAUGCAAAAUAGUUUGUAUUAUGGAGAGUUUGAUAAUAGAGGGCCAGGUUCAAUAACAAAUGGUAGAGUAAAUUGGGGAGGGUAUCAUGUAAUGGAUUAUUAUGAUGCAAGUAAUUUUACGGUUCAUGAGUUUAUUGUUGGGGAACAAUGGUUAGAUUCUACUUCAUUUCCCUAUGAUGAAGGGAUUUAA